AUGGGCAACACAUUGGGCAAAGUGAACUUGGUAAUUGAGAAGGGCACGAGCGUGGAAUGCUAUCAGUCCGACACAGUCCUGCUGGCAAUGAAGAUGGAGGAGGAUGAGGGGUGGGUUUCUGUCAGUGCAAUUCAGGGCUCAUCCUGCAAGCCAGAGAGCCUCAACUUGCCAUUCUGGGAGAGUGCCACUGAAUGGGCUAUUUGUGGGCCAGACAGUGUUUGCCUGGACUGUGCUACAGCGGAGAAGGAUGAUGGUUGCAGCAAGGCGCUGCGAAUUUCAUUCCAGCAUGGGUUGGUUCUCAAGCUGGAGCCUGUGCAACAGCAGCAGCCGGAAGCUUCUAGCACCCCGACUGUCCAGGGCACUGAGGGCACCGCCCAAGGCGGAGGUCAGAGCCCAGAGGUCGGAGCACAGAGUCCAAAAGAGCCGCUCAAUGAGGAGCCAGGGCAGCAAGAAGUUGCCGGGCGUCGCCUGCAGGUGAUGAGGGCUGGUGCAAUGAGGGCUUCAGGUCUUGUAGGAUCUGGACCGAUCCUGGAUUCAACAGGCUCUGGCAUGGACAUCUCAACAAUGAGUGUGUCCGAGGUUGAGAGGCACUUGAAGACCGGCGAGGAUUUGCCUGGCUGGAAUGGACGCGGGCACCCUCAGAAGGAUUUGGGCUACAUCAAGAUCUUCUUCAACGCCACCACCAUGCAGUACCACCCUGAGACACUGUGGCCCAAGCUUCAAUCAUUGGACCCAGAGACGGCUAGGGGUGUGAAGAUGCUGGAUGAACAGCUGGUUCUGAUGCGCAAGCAUGGAGAUUUUGAGAAGUUGAGUGAAGAGUCUGCCUACGACCUGGCAGUCAUCCAGUGCUGGGUGAAACAUUUGCAGCAGGGAGUGGUCCCACAUGGUCCUUUGCUGGGGUGGGCAAAGCUCAAGGGCCACGAGCUGUACUAUCACCUCUUCAACCCGGACGAGCCACCAUUCCUCAUGGCACGCAUCCCCAACACUCCAUACUCCCAGCAACUUGAACUUGAAUGA